AUGGUAUAUGGGGGGGGUGGAGGGCUCCAGAAGGUACUGGGGGGGGGGUGGGCCUCAGGGGAUUCAAUGGGGGGGGGGGGGUGUUUGCAAUAUGGUGAACAGGUGGUGUGUGUUUUCACGUGGGGGAUCCGGUGGGUGGGGUUGCCUCCUGGGGAACUUGGGGGUGUGUGGUGUUUUUCCGUGGUGAACAUGUGGUGUGUGGGGUACCUCAGGGGAACUAGGGGUGACAUGUGGUGGGGGUUUGUACAUAAGGGGUACAGGGGGUGGGGGUGGUAA